CGGCUCCAGGGACAGACAUUUUCUUGCUGUUUCUGUCCCAUGUGGCGCAGGGCAUGUCAGGUCUGCUGGGCUGGAGUUCCAAAGUUGCAGUGCUCUCGGGAAUCUCCUGUUUGGCACAGGAGGUCUGUCCUUAAGGGCAGCUGCCAAGGAGCCCUUUUGUCAGUGCCAGUUUCUGCAGCUUGGCUCCAAAUGAACUUUCAAGAAGUCACAACUCCAGUAUGAAAAUCCAUGGACAAUCCCAAAUAUGUUGUCAAUGACGAGAAUUGGCUUGGCCCCAGUGUUGGGCUAUCUCAUUCUUGAAGAAGAUUUUAAUGUUGCACUAGGUGUUUUUGCUUUAGCUGGGCUAACGGAUUUGUUGGAUGGAUUUAUUGCUCGAAACUGGGCCAAUCAAAAAUCAGCUUUGGGAAGUGCUCUUGAUCCACUUGCUGAUAAAGUUCUUAUCAGCAUCUUAUAUGUUAGCUUGACCUAUGCAGAUCUUAUUCCAGUCCCUCUCACUUACAUGAUCAUUUCAAGAGAUGUAAUGUUGAUCGCUGCAGUGUUUUAUGUCAGAUACCGAACUCUGCCAACACCGCGAACACUAGCUAAGUAUUUCAAUCCUUGCUAUGCUACUGCUAGGUUGAAGCCCACAUUCAUCAGCAAGGUAAAUACAGCAGUCCAGUUAAUUUUGGUGGCAGCUUCUUUGGCAGCUCCGGUUUUCAAUUAUGCUGACAGCAUUUAUCUUCAGAUACUGUGGUAUUGCACAGCCUUCACUACAGCUGCGUCAGCAUACAGUUAUUAUCACUAUGGUCGGAAAACUGUUCAGGUGAUAAAGGGCAAAUGAGAGACACCCAGCUCCAGCAGCAAGGAAGCGACUUGCAUCGUCGAUAGCAGCGCCAGCGAAAGCUACAGGACUUUCCCCAUCUUGGUGUUCAGCUUGAGAAAGGACUUGUCAGACAAACCAUGUCUUCAAACCGAAGUAAUGUACGUUGAAAAUAAGCUCUAUCAUGGGCCUAUGCAGAAUUUCCAGUGUAUUUUUAAAUACAAAUAAAACUAUAAUGUAGAAUUUUUAAUCUUAAGUUUUUGAUUAAUUUGUGAGAUGAAUUAUUCUAGUUACUGUUUUUUAAAAACAUCGUUGAUAGCAUUGAAACAAAAAAGCAGGAGAGCUUUCCUGAGAUUAGGUAUAUACCCUACACAGCGUGGCUGCGCAUUUUUAUGUUUGAAUUUUAAGUCUAUGUACACAUUAACAAUUUAUGGGGUUGAUACUUGACUGUUUGAAAAGAUGAGAAUAAACUUAGCUGUGGGCAGGGUAAAGGUAUACAGAGACUUAAAAUGCACAGAGUUUUGAAAAUAAAAAAGAGCAAAUAAAAUAGAUGGUCUUGGAGUUUAUCAGUAGUCUUCCAGCCUCUCAGGUACCAAAUAGUUUAUGUAUUAGGAUAACAGGUAACACAGGAAUCUAAAAGGCAGAGAAUUACAUCAUGCCUCCCCACUACUUCACAUGUGAUUUGUAUGAUAUUGUAACCUGUACUCAUAUGUCAUGUAAAUAAUAUAAAACUUUAUAUUUUUCGGAGUCUUUUUUUUUUAAGCUUUGGAGAAUCUUCUAUUGUUAACUCAAUAAAAGAAUAAAAGUGCUGGG